AAAGAAAAAGGAAACAGGCCCGCGCAUUCCUUUCCUUCGACUGAUCCCUGCAAACUCUUCACUGCAACAGAAAGAAGACAAUGGCGGUCACGCAGCUUCCGCCGUCGCCGGAAAUCCGCAAGCUCCCUCUGUACAAGUACGUCGACGGCGUGCGGUGGCUCCCUCCCUUCUCCGCCCUGGACCGCUACGCCGUCAUCGCCUCCUUCGACUCCGACUCCGACACCCCGUCCCUCGAGGUCCACUCCGUAAGCCCUUCCAAAGCCCUGGCGCUCGCCUCCGCCCCCGCGCCGCUGCCCUCCCGCGUCUCCUCGCUCAAGUCCGCGAGCUUCGCGCAGCGGCCCGUGGUCGCCGCCUCGACCCGCGCGGGGUCGCUCCACGUCAUGGCCGUGAACCCGAUGGACCUGUCGAUCGAGCCGGCGGCGGCGGCGUCGGAGGGGCUGCACGCCGGGGGAGCCUCGUGCGUGGACUUGGCGGACGGCGGAUCGGACUGCGUGAGCGUCGGGGAGGACGGGAGGGUGAAUCUGGUGAGCCUCGGGGAGGGUCGGCUCCGGAAAGCUAGGGUUUUUGACGCGAACGGGCUGGUUUCGUACACCGCCGCGAAAUGGGCGUCGCCGAGCGAGUUCGCGACCGGCGGUUACGGGUUCAGUCUGCACUGGUGGGAUCGGAGGACGCCCGGAGGGCCGGUCUCGCAGUUCAAGUGUGAUCGCAUCCAAGAGAAGGCUUCUGGGAUAGUUCACUCUAUUGAUAUUCAUCCAUCUCGAAAGCACACUUGUCUGGCAGGUGGAUCAUCGGGGACCAUAUUUGCCUGGGAUCUGCGGCGGCAACAACAGCCAAUUAUUUUAUCUGGAGUCGGGAUGGGUGAGGGAGUGACUAGUUUGGUGUCUGAGAGUGAGAUUUGGGAAAUCCAAUAUGAUCGCAGUAUAAAGCCUUCUAAUGUUGGCUCACGAAUGUUACCUGUCAUGAUCUGCUCAGAAGAUGGGAUUCUAGCUGUUGUGGAAGAAGGCAAAGAACCGGUGGAGCUCUUGGCUGAACCCUGUGCCAUCAAUAGCUUUGACUUUGACCCGCAAAAGCCCUCCGAGGUAAUCUGUAGUUUGGAGUGGGAAUCUAUAGCCAUCUUGUCAAGGCCAUAGGUGGAUAUGAACUUGUUCAAGGUCAAAGCUGAAGUAACAAAUAGACACUGGUGUUGGCGUGGAAGUUCUAAUCUAUUGUCAAAAACUUCAAUUGGCUAUUAAGAAAGGAGGAUGCGCCUAUUGGGCAACAAAUCAACAUCACAAGCGACAUCAACUUGCAGAGCAAAUUGUGUUCUUCUUCUGUGUCUAGUGUUCUUGCAGAACUCAGGAUAAAUCAAUUUGGACUUUUGAGAAGGGUAUGAGGAUGUAUUCUUGUUUAAACGUUCCACACAUGCCGAUCUGAUUCAGAUCAAGAAUUUUGAAGUGAUGCCUACUUUUGCUGUGGAUUCAGAGUGCUGUCUAUAUCUUAGACAGCUACUGUCUUAAGGGACACUGGAGAGUGAUGUUGUCACUGUGAACCUGUGAAAGCAUUUUGCUUCUAAAUUCAUUUCAACCGUGAAGAAAUUCCAAAAGAUUGUUCUGGAUUCA